AUGAAAGUACUGAUCGUGCUGGCCCACCCGGAAAAAUCUUCUCUGACCUGCUCUUUAGCUCAUAUCGCAAAAGAAAGUUUUGAGGCCAUUGGUGACGAAGUUCAAGUAAGUGAUUUAUAUGCUAUGAAUUGGAAAAGCAGUGUCGAUAGAGAUGACUUUCCUGCAUAUAAACCAGAGAGAUUGUUCGUUUGUGCGGCAUCUAAAGAUGCCACACAAAAUGGUACACUGACUGAUGACGUUGUUGCAGAGCAACAGAAGCUGCUCUGGGCGGAUGCUCUACUUUUAGUUUUUCCUUUUUGGUGGUUUUCUGUCCCUGCAAUUCUCAAAGGAUGGGUAGAGCGCGUGUUCUCUUUCGGCUUCGGCUAUGGGAUCGGUGAAUAUAAUGAUGUUCAUUGGGGUGAUCGUUACGGUGAGGGUACCUUAUUUGGAAAGAGGGCUAUGCUUAUUACAAGUGUGGGAGGUUGGCAGACUCAUUACAGUGCGAGGGGUAUAAACGGCCCUAUUGACGAUCUCCUCUACCCUAUUAAUCACGGCAUCUUAUUCUAUUCGGGGUAUGAGGUUUUGCCUCCUUUUGUUGUUUAUCGUAGCGACAGUUUGGAUGCACAAGGAUUUGCACAAGUGUCCGAGAACUUGAGAAAGCGAACAGCUUCAUUCAAGGAAACCAUACCUAUCAACUUCAGAAGACAAAAUGGGGGUGAUUACGCGAUCCCAAGCCUUGAAUUACAUGAAGAGUUGAGUCCUGGAUGUAGCGGCAUGGGACUGCAUAUUAAAAAAGCGGAUAACUAG